AUGGAGGAAACAGGGCUUAAAGGAGAUCCGUUUCCAGGUUUUGAGAUGAGUUUUCACAAAGACGACUCCAUUUUCAGGCGAUCUCUAAGCUGCCGGCUUCAGAGACGAGCUCCAUGUCCUCUUUUAUUACCACCAAGACCUCCUCCUUCCACAGAAGCUCCUCCUCCUGCCACUAGCGUCUCCACUUCUACGUUUUGUCAGAACAGCAGAGAUCCAAUCCCUCUACUGUCCCCUCUCGUCCUUCCUUCAAUGCUUCAACCUAAUCCCUCCACCACCUCUCAUUGACUCUUUUUCUCUUUUCAAUCUCUUCUUAGGUCCUUUACAUUUUUUCCUUAAUGUUCCAUUAUUUCUUUCCUUUUGAUCAUUUUGGUUUUUAGUUGUAUUUUUCAUCAUCUAGAUUCAAAUAUGUUUCUGUUGAGAUUCACACGUUCAGAACGGUGAUGAGGAUCGUCCUCUCUUCUUUCUUGAAUCUUGAUGAUUUUGUUAACAUCAUUUAUUAAUAUUUGUACAUACAGUAAUGUUAUAUUUGUCUUCUUAUUGAGUAUCGGAAUAUAUUGUUCAAUGAUACAAUAUUCC